UUCAUGGAACACUCUUCUUUAUUACUCUGGCUUUUCUUGACAAGAUAUAUUAUUACAGCCACUGAUCAGUGAUCCGGACUGACAUCACGUGACGAGUCAGGUGGUGGAUCACAUGUGGGAAAAUAUGAAUUUAAACAUGGCACAUGUUUGCGUGACUCUUCCUUCCUCGUAGUGCACUUAGCCUCUGUGUUACUUCUAUCUGCGUGUCUUCUUUGCUAACUGGAACAGUCAGUGUGUGUAGCGUAGCCUCGCAGUAUGGAAGAAACAGACUGGGAAGAAUAUUAUUUGAAUGACAGCACCACGAACGGCGAAUUUGACAGCGUCGCGUUUGCACAAGACCCGAAGCCACUACCUUGCUGGUGUCGUGGUGUCGAAAUAGUGCCUUUAGAAGAGCUACCCCUUUUUCAGUAUUUGAAAGCACACCGUGAACAUCUGCAGAAUGGGCUUUCUUCAACUAAUGGCUUUCGAAUACAAGGCCUGGGUCGGGGUAUACCUCGUAAUGAUAUGGUUAUGCCCGCAGACUAUAGCGCAUCCUCAAGUGAUGAAGAAGACCUCGGGGAUUACGUUGGAAGGUACUGGAGGCGUCAACAGCCACUCGAUUUUGGAAUGUCGAGACAGCAGCAACGAAAUAAUACCACUUAUUCACAUGCAGCAAGGCCACGCGCGGUGCAGCCACACCGUAGUCCAAUUCCACCGGCACAUUACGUAGGACCUUCCCAGGAGUCCCAUCCAAAGUCGCCUAGUGCACCAAGAAAUCUGCCAGUUGCUGACCAAACAGAAAGCGGCGCCUCUGGUGCCAGUGGUGUCAGACAGAAGGUCCCGAGGCAUCGUCCGAGCUCGAGGAAGGGGUCUUUUAACCCCCAGGAGUACAAGGACACCUUUAGCCUCAACCACUGGGUGCAGACUCAUGCCCUGAAGGGAAGCUCACAUGCGGAAGAUGAAGAAAGUGAUGACGAUGAUGAGUCAGUCUUCAACGAUGAAACAGGACACACCUCUGCCUCUUCGAGCAGCCUAGUGUUGUCGUCGACUGAAGACUCCGCGGUGGAACAGGCGUCUGCUCGCCGUGUCCCGCAGCCGUGGAGAGUCCUGGAGAUCGGCAACCUUCCGAGCAAUGUCACGAUUGACGAGUUGGGUGAACUCUUGGCCGACUUUGGAGUCGUGGAGAACAUCACCAUCAGGGAGGAUGACGCUGGCAGUCAUAUAGCAGAAGUGAGGAUGGUAAACGAAGCUCUUCUGAAUUGGAUACUGGAAUGCCUGCUGACAUCAUCUCCAUUUGGAACCUCUUCAAAACCUCUCAGCAUAAGGAUACUGGAACGGGCAGCUUGAGAUCCACGGAACCAUUGAGGGGGAAAGAGCUAGGUUUCUCUGUGUAUUAACCAGAAGCAGGUCAGUUGUUUAAAGUGUGCGCCACUUGUUACGUCGCCACUUUUUUGCAAUGGCUUGCGCGGUAACUGCCGGUGACCUCAGUAUGUUUGUUGUAACGCGCCUAGUUUUGGUGCAGGUUGUGCUAACUUCCUUGUGUUUGUUUGUUUUUUCUUUUUGCUGGUUUACAUAAACUUUUGUAUAAAAUAUUAAUGUUUCUAAGGUUUGAACAAA